AGUGAGGAGCAGCAGGCCAGUCACCAGCUGGUCCGCCACAACACAACACAACACAACAAGGGACGCGCGCUGUACCCCAACACACCACCGCAUUUCUCCACACGUUCUGACCUCGGGUGACCUGCAGCGGCAUGGGGGACCAAAUAAACCAGGACGAGAUACGUAAGAAGAGGUUGGCCAAACUCGGAGCAACACCAACUGCCAGCACCAACAACAGCGAGGAGAGCACCAGCCCCCAAGUGUCUCCAAGUCCCCAGUCAGCAGGGAGUCUUCAGCUAUGCACAGCAACCCCUGUGUCCUGCCUCCUGCCCUCUCCAACCAAAAGGCAGCCACCACCCUCACCGCUUGAUAUUACACCAUGCAAGCAAGGUGUGGAGCCAAUGGAGGUGGACAGCAAGACAGGAGAGUCAGGCGGUGAUGUGGAGAACAGCUCCCAUUAUCGCAAUGACAACAAGAGACAGAGGGUGAGUGACAGACAUAUCUUGCUUGGCUCGUCUGGUGUCUUUUACUCUAACUUGACCUACAUUAACACUCUCGGUCAAGUUAAGGCUAAAAAUUGGAAAAUGCUGUAUUAUCUACACAAUCAAACAACUCUACACACCUGCUUUAUCAUCUCAAGUGGUUCACACACACAGGUGACAUCAGCAACCAGCCAGCAGGAGGUGGCGUCACAAGUGCUGGUGGAAGUGGUGGAGCGGCUGUGUGGGGGAGAUGUGCCCUCCGGCUUAUUGGACCCUGGUACCAACCCUUCAGACUCACCAGAGCUCAGUGCCUCACCCACUGGGAGCAGCAGCACAAUAGAUCUGUCAAGUAUUGUCAAACCGAGUCAAACACCCCAAGCUGCCGCUCUCUCCUAUAUCAUUCAGACAUAUGCGCGGUGCAACAAUGAAGAGAAGACACACCCCAAGAGGAGCAACUCCCCACCAAUGCUGAGUAUGCUGAGGAAUGUGAGGACACAGUGCAUAGCUCACACCAGUCUCCUUCUCUCAGGGUGCUUAGGGGGUGAGUUCAAUCCUGAGGGACACAGCCUGCUACUGCACCCGCUGCUCAGCGAGUCACUUCCCCGAGGCUUCUUGUGUGACCUUAUCCACCACACCUGGCAGCACCAGCCGACCUUUGUCAAGGUGUUUGGGCCACUGCUGCAGGGCCUGAGUGCAGCCAUGAGGAGCUGCAGCAUCACCUCUCGUACCUAUAUGAGAGUAUUUGAGUCGCUGGACCUCCUCACAGAUAUUAAGGCUGUCGGCUCCUCAUCACGUCCCGUCUGCAAUCUCAUGGUGUCUAUGAACAACUGGCAGCCUCGGAGUGAGUCACAAACGAUAGGGCGUGAGAUGGUGCAGACCACACUGCUGGGACCCUUCUUAGUAUUGUCCCUCUUUGCUGAGGAUGACCCCAGGGUGGCAGAACAGUUUGUGAGAAAUCAGGGCACUGGCCAGACAAUGCCAACAGGCCUUCAGGAUUUGGCCAAAGAAAUGGACCACAUGAGGAUGACCAUCCUGCACAAGCUCUUCCACAGCAUGCUGGUCAACACAGGCUCACGUGAACCUGUGCUGUCCUUUCUGGCCCGCAUGAUCUCUCUCAACCACCGGCGGGCACAGAUCCAUGUGGAGGAGCAGCUGGUAGCCGGGGACGGGGCCAUGGUCAACCUGGUGUCCGUCCUGCAGCAGCUGUGCUUCAAGGUUAAGUUGGAGAAGGUGGACCCAUAUUACAUGAUUCAUCCUGAUUCACUGGUGGACAUCAGCAAGGACUCCCGACUCUCCAUGACUCAGGACGAGGCAGAUGGCUGGCUCAAGAAGCUUCGCACAAGUAAAGACUUCAAGUUCCUGGAGGUCAACUUCCACAGCCAGUGUUGGUUCCUCACUCUCCAUGCUCACCACCUUGGUGUGUUACCUGUCAUGCGGAAGUACACACGCCGCAUCAGGGCCAUCAGGGACUUGCAGAAGAUGGUGGAAGAGAUAGAGAGCACCGAGUCUCAGUGGGGCAGCUUGUCUGUGGCCUCCAAGCAGCGGGAACUCCUCAAAAAAUGGAAGGCCCAGCUUAAGAAACUGAACAAGUCUAAGAUCUGUGCUGAUGCUGGACUUUUAGAUGAGCACUUGUUGGAACGUUGCCUCCACUUCUAUUCUGGGGUGGCUCAUGUCAUCCUCCGAGCACUCACUGGUGGCCGCUCCAACUCCUUUAAUUCCACCACAAGCACCUCUGAAGGCCCCAUGUCAGCACCCCUCACGGACACAAGCUCCCUACUACCCCUGCCUCCCACCCUGCCAGAGCUGUUUGCUGCCCUGCCUGAAUGGUACCUGGACGACCUAGCAGAGUUCCUCCUCUUUGUCUUACAAUACAUUCCCAAGGUGGCCAUCAAGCAUUUGGAGGACCCCAUCAUCACCAUGGCCAUUGUUCUCUUGUGUUCCCCUUCACUCAUCAAGAACCCAUAUCUUACUGCUAAGCUGGUGGAGAUGCUGUUCAUGCUUACCCCGUCCGUACAGCAACAUGUGGACAGCCUGCACCAGCGCAUCCUUCAUCAUCCUCUGGCGGCGCACCUCCCUGUGGCACUCAUGAAGUUCUAUACGAUGGUGGAGUCAACAGGAACCAGCAGUGAGUUCUAUGAUAAGUUCACCAUCCGUUACCACAUCAGUGUGAUCUUCAAGAGCCUGUGGGACGACCGAAGGCACAGACAGGCACUCAUUACUGAAUCCAACUCAGGGAAGGAGUUUGUCAAGUUUGUGAACCUGUUGAUGAAUGACACAACCUUCCUGCUUGAUGAAUCUCUAGAUGCCCUCAAGCGUAUCCAUGAGGUUCAGGAGGAGAUGGAACGAGGCACUUGGGCACAACAGAGCCGGGAGCAGCAGCAGAGCAGACAGAGGCUCCUUGCCACAGAUGAAAGGCAGUGCAGGUCUUACCUGACGUUAGCCCGGGAGACAGUGGACAUGAUGCACUACCUCACCAAAGAGGUGCCAGACCCUUUCCUAAGGCCCGAGCUGUGUGACCGGCUGGCGGCCAUGCUCAACUUCAACCUGGCACAGCUAUGUGGGCAAAAGUGUGGUAACCUGAAGGUGCGCCAGGCAGACAAGUAUGGCUGGGAGCCACGGAAGCUUUUAGAGCAGCUGGUGGACAUCUACCUUCACUUGGACUCACCAAAGUUUCAUCAAGCCAUUGCUAAUGAUGAGCGAUCCUUCAAGAGGGAAUUAUUUGAGACAGCAGCAUCCAAGUUGGAGCGAGCAGUGAUCAAGUGUGCUUCAGAGGUGGAGGCUUUCCGCAGCAUUGGAGAGCAAGCGUACAACGUGCUGCAGGCUAACCAGAAGAAGGAUGAGGAUUACAGUGAUGCCCCAGACCACUUUAUGGACCCCCUCAUGCAGACACUGAUGGAAGACCCUGUUGAGCUUCCCUCGGGUGUGGUGAUGGACCGGCCCACCAUCGUCAGGCACCUCCUCAAUGACCCCACUGACCCCUUCACCCGCCAGCCACUGUCUGAGGAGCAACUCUUGCCAGCUGAGACACUCAAGAAGGAGAUCAGGGACUGGAUUGCAGCCAAGAACAACUCGAGGAGCUCAUCGUGAGGGCAGGAUGAAGGUGGCUGGUCUGGACGGAGAGGUGGCGGUGGUGGUGGCCAGACCAGGUGACCUUUGACCUGCCUAGUGUGUGACCUUGACCCAGGGAGGCAACCAACCAAACACCCACCAGUCCUUUUGUCUAUCUAUCUGUACCCAUUCUCUCUCUCUCUCUCUCUCUCUCUCUCUCUCUCUCUCUCUCUCUCUCUCUCUCUCUCUCUCUCUCUCUCUCUCUCUCUCUCUCUCUCUCUCUCAUUUUGUUUCUGUCUGUCUUUGUGUUACAAGUCCGAGAGGGAGAGAGUGCAAGAAAGAGAGAGAGAGAGAGAGGCAGAGAGUGAGAGUGUGUGUUGCUAAUGGGUCUUUGUAAAGAUCUGUGCCGCCGCCAUCCAUGAACAUUUUGUUUAUCUGUAUGUUGUUGUGCAUGAGUGAACUUGUGUAUGUGUGUGCUAGGAUGGUCUUACAUAUUGGGCUGGCAGGAUGUGUGGAGAGAGAGAGAGAGAGAGAGAGAGAGAGAGAGAGAGAGAGAGAGAGAGAGAGUGCAAGAUGGGGAGAGGGGGCAUUUGGUACCAAUGCUUACACCAGAAUCUGUGUGUUAUGUAGUGAUACAGCAUCAUUGAGUCAUGAGGCACUGGGAUAGGGGGGGGGGUCAAACUGCCAAACACAGCCUUCACCAGUACAGAGAAAUUAAAAGAGUUCAUACAGGAAACAUCUCUAUUUGAGGUGAUGGUGCUGCAUGUUCAAAAAAAAAUAUUAGAGAAAUGCAUUUAUAUGUUACUAUAAUAUGUGUGUAUGUGUGUGUGUGUGUGUGGAUAAGUGAGUGAGUGAGUGAAGAAAGGAGCAAUAAGAAAAGAUAGGCAGUUACCUUUCCUUGACUAAUGUGAAGGUUAUUGAAAAGUGGCAAUUGAAGAUAUAAAUUGAGGAAGAGAGGAGACAGGUAGUGAUAAAUGGCAACUGUACUAUUGAUCAGGUGUUAGAGAUGAGUGGUGGUGAUUUAGUUACGCAAUCACCGCACACAGGCAGAAGGAAGAAUGCCUGAUUGGUGGCAGCACUCAAAGUUGUAAGCAAAGCACGAUCACAUACAGGUGGUCCCUCAUUGUAUGUGUAAGAACAGUUUAGACAUUUUAUUCACACAUUAAUUUAUCCCCUUUUUUUUUUUCUUAUCACAUUGUUCAGGUUAAGUGAGAAUGAUGUUUCAGAAUUAUCUGGAACCACAUGUUGUCUUCAUGUUUGCAUUGUCAUUGGUGUGGUGUGCAUCUGGGUGUGUGAAGGGCAGCAUGGGAUGGUCUGUGCCAGCCUCCAUGUAGAUGCACAACUGUUUGCCUUCCAAGAUGGUCAGGGUGUGAGUCAGUGAGUCAGUCAGUUGGUUUUUGUGUAGCUCAUGUCUAUUGUUGGGUUCAGAAAAGUCUUUCAGCUCAGAUCUGGAAGACAGAAAAGAAUUAAGAGAGAGAGAGAGAGAGAGAGAAAAUAGAAAAGUGAGAAAGGGGUUUUUAUGGGCACGCUAGAAGUAUAUUUUAAGUUUGUGUACAUAGGAAGAAUUCUAAGUAUCUUACAGUCAUAUUACUAAUACUCUUUGGCAUCUAAAGUGUUAUCUUUGAGUUGCAGAAAUACAACAAAAAAAUGACAAUGAACUUUGUAAGCUACCCUCA